ACGCGCGUUCCCAGAGAGCUAGGCGAGAGGCGCAGGGGGGUGUCGCGAGCUCGAUCCCUCGCUGACUGACUCCGACUCCCCCGCUUUAAUUGUGUGACCUCAUUCAUUAUUUUUUCCGCCCUCUCGGGAUAUUAUUUUAUUUUUAACCCCUUGGUCAUUUAUAUAUAUUUUCCCUGUGUAUUUUUUUUCUCCUCAUCAAGGUCUUGGGGGGUGGGGGGACCAAGGAAUGAAGUGUCGGUGCCGUGAGAAGAUCCCCGUCACCGCCUGAAUGCUGUGAGGCGGUUGUCGCUCACCCCCAGCAGCUCUCCGCUUGUCGCCCGUCCUCGAUCUAAUUUUUUUUUAAAAAAGAGACACAAUGGGAGCAUUUUUAGACAAGCCAAAGAUGGAAAAGCAUAAUGCCCAAGGACAGGGUAAUUGUCUUCGGUAUGGGCUUAGUAGUAUGCAAGGUUGGCGAGUUGAGAUGGAAGAUGCACAUACAGCUGUAAUUGGUCUGCCAAACGGACUUGAUGGAUGGUCUUUCUUUGCUGUUUAUGAUGGGCACGCUGGAUCUCAGGUUGCCAAAUACUGCUGUGAGCAUUUGCUGGAUCACAUUACAAGUAACCAGGAUUUUAAGGGGUCGGAUGGACAGUUAUCUGUUGAGAGUGUAAAAAGUGGAAUCAGAACAGGUUUUCUGCAAAUUGAUGAACAUAUGAGAGUAAUCUCUGAGAAGAAACAUGGUGCUGACAGAAGUGGAUCAACAGCUGUAGGUGUCAUGAUCUCUCCACAGCACAUUUACUUUAUCAACUGUGGAGACUCCAGAGGUUUACUUUGUAGGAGCAAGAAAGUCCAUUUCUUUACACAAGAUCACAAACCAAGUAAUCCACUUGAAAAGGAGCGCAUACAAAAUGCUGGUGGUUCUGUGAUGAUCCAACGUGUAAAUGGUUCACUCGCUGUUUCAAGGGCUUUAGGGGACUUUGAUUACAAAUGUGUCCACGGAAAAGGCCCUACAGAGCAGCUUGUUUCACCUGAGCCUGAAGUUUAUGAAAUAGAGCGAUCAGAAGAAGAUGACCAGUUCAUAAUCCUGGCUUGUGAUGGUAUUUGGGAUGUCAUGGGGAAUGAAGAGCUGUGUGAUUUUGUAAGAUCCCGACUUGAAGUCACGGAUGAUUUGGAAAAAGUGUGCAAUGAAAUAGUCGACACCUGCCUAUACAAGGGAAGUCGAGACAACAUGAGUGUCAUAUUGAUCUGUUUUCCAAGUGCUCCAAAAGUAUUGGCUGAAGCAGUGAAGAGAGAGGUGGAACUGGACAAAUACCUGGAAAGCAGAGUAGAAGAGAUCAUAAAGAAGCAGGGUGAAGAAGGUGUACCAGACUUAGUCCAUGUGAUGCGUACAUUAGCAACUGAGAGCAUCCCAAAUCUCCCACCCGGGGGUGAAUUGGCAAGCAAACGGAGUGUAAUUGAAGCGGUUUACAACAGACUGAAUCCUUAUAGAAAUGAUGAUACCGAUUCUGCAUCAACUGAUGAUAUGUGGUAAAUAUGUCCAGUUAGCCACACAGUUUACAUUAUACUCCAUAUGAAAGUACAGCCCAACCUCAGUGAUCCUUCUUAGCGUCCAGCCUCAACCGUGUCAUUAAAAGAAGGGAAAGCGAUGAGGAUGAAAAUGGCUACAUCAGUCUAUCCCAGCAGUGCAACAACUGGCCCGAGGAUUGUAUUGUUUUUCGUAUUCUUUUUCUUUCUCUAAAUACAUAUAUUUUUUUUUUUGGUAAAAAUGAAAGUUCUGUAAACGUAAUUUCAACCCAUAAUUCACAUUGUAAAUCAGACUCCAGCAAUUUAUGUUGUAUGAUUUUUGUAUUUGUAAAGUGCAAUUGUCCUUGUAAAAAUGGUCAUAUUUAAUUAUGAACUGCUUUAAAUUGCUAUAAAGAUUAAGAAAAGUCUAGCUUGUUAUGUGAUGCAACAGAUAAUCUAACCCUAUACAGUUUUGUGGUGGUUUUAGGGUGGAAAUACAGCAGCAACAUAACCAGAUUGAAUCCCUGUGAAAUUGUUUAUAAGAUUCUAACUUUAGUGUACAGUAUUUUUUCAGGAUGAGAAAUUACCUACAGUUCUAUAAAAUUAGAUUUUUGAAUUCAAUAUAGCUGGUUUAAAGUGUGUUCCUGGGUUUAAUCCUCAAAAGGGACUGUCACUGCAGUUAUUUAAGAACAAAUGGGUACCCGAGAUUAAAUCCCUCAAAUCUAUUAAUCAUUCAUGUGGAAGGUAUGUUAGUGUGUAUGCGUGUCUCAUUCCCCCCCCCCCCCCCCCUUUAAACUACACUGGCUGGGUCUGUUGCUGCUACAGAAAGUUCUGAAUUCCAUUUUUAUCAAUAAAGCUUGAUUUGACAAAUAGAA